AUGGGCGAGCGCAAGGGCAUCUACUUCGGCGCCAUCGACGCCAGCGCCGGCGACAUGGUGCCCAGCAGUGUGCGCGGCACUAGCGGCGGCGGGCGCAUGGCCAGCAACCUGGAGGCGGCCAUCCGCGCGGGCAACGUGAACGUUUCGGACAACGUGGAGACGGAGGUGCUGCAGCUGUCGGAGAGCAGUCGCGCCGCCCAGGAGAAGCACGCGCAGCUGCUGCGCCGCAUCGAAGCGGAGAAGCGCGCGCGCAACAUCGCAGUGCCCACCAGCGUGGAGGAAGUGAUUCGGCGGCUACGGCAGCUUGGCGAGCCCAUCACGCUGUUCGGAGAGCGGCCGGCGGACCGCCGCGAGCGACUGCGCGAGAUCCUGUCGCGGCUGGAGCUGGAAGCAGAGGAGACGGGCUUUGUGCAUCAGGUGCUGGCGGAUAUCCAGAAGCAGGAUGGCGGUGCUGGUGCACCGGCGGAGGGGACUGCAGCAGGGGAUGAGGGCGCGGCAGGUCAAGCGUCGAAGCCGCAGGAGGACCAAUUGUUCUACGUUCCCAUUAAAAAUGACGGGCUCAAGACUGCGCGUGCUGCGGUUUUUGCUCACACGACGAGCGUUGUGGGCGCGCGGCUGAAGCGAGAGCGACAGGAGAAGCAGAUGAGUGCGGAAGAGCGGGCGCGGACAAUGGAUCACCAUGCCGCGGAGCUCUACGCCACAGCGCUCAGAAUGGCCAACAUUGCCAGUCAAAACGGCGAUGUCCGACCGCUCGCUAGCGUUCGGUAUUCAGCUGAUGGAGCGCAUGUGGCUACAGGCUCGUGGAGUAGCCUCGUGAAGGUUUGGGAUGCCAAUAACGCUGCUGAAGUGAAGGUAUUCCGCGGACACGAAGACCGCGUAAGUGCAGUGGCAUGGCAUCCGAGUAACACCUUUUCUGAAAUGACGGACGGCGCAGACUCGGUGUGUUUGUGCAGUGGCUCUGCAGAUGGCACUGCCAGGCUUUGGAGCGCGGCACGCAGUGAACCUUUGGCUGUAUUGCGAGGACACAAGGCGCGACUGGGCAAGGUAGCUUUUCACCCACUUGGCAACUACGUGGGUACAACGAGUUUCGAUCACACAUGGCGACUCUGGGACGUCGCAACAGCACAAGAACUACUGCUGCAGGAGGGCCAUUACAAAGAAGUGUACGCUAUCGCUUUUCAGAAAGACGGCGCACUCGCGGCUACUGGCGACUUGAACGGCAAUGGGCGCGUGUGGGAUCUGCGAUCGGGCAAGGCCAUCUUACCGCUGCAGGGCCACUCCAAGCAGAUUCUGUCGAUGGACUUUGCUGCCAACGGUGUGCAGUUGGCCUCGGGUAGUGAUGACCGCAGUGUUCGUAUCUGGGAUCUGCGCCAGCAGAAGUGCUCGUACAUGAUUCCAGCGCACAGCAAUUUGGUGAGCGACGUGCGCUUCUCGCCUGGGUCCGGUGAACUCCUGCUGAGUGCGUCGUACGAUUCAACCAUUAAGCUGUGGCGAACUCGCGACUGGAAGUUGAUAACCACACUGCGCGGGCACGACGGCAAGGUAAUGUCUGCCGACUUCGCCCCGGACGAAAAGCACGUUGUCUCGUGUGGUUUCGACCGCACGUUCAAGCUGUGGGCGCACGAGAAUGAAUUCUAA